CCUUAGACCGAAUAGAAACUGAGAACAAUCUUGAGCUGACGUGUUUAAUGACUGUUUUGGUAGAUAAGAAGAUGAUUUUAUGAGCGUGAUCAUUAUAAAUACAGAACAAUCUCUCAGCAACUCACACAAAGCUCAAAUCAGCAUUGCUAGAAGGAACAUCUCAAACCAGACCACCACUAACCAUUAUUAUGGAUAACUCUAGUCUAAAACAACGUCUUGAGAGGCUGGAGUGCCACUUCACCUGGGAUCUGGGGCAACAUCGAAAUGAACUCCAGGGGAUGAAGAGGAAAAUGCAGAAUGUGGACCAGGAAACAUGCACUUGGCUGGUUCACUGCUACAACCUGCUGGGCUACAUCCAUCAGACUCUUGGCUCCAACACAGAGGCAGUGAAGCACCUCCACAAAGCAGAAAGUGUGAUCCAGGAGCAGGGAACAGAAGAGGCAGGAGUCCAGCUUCAGGUCAACAAAGCAAACCUUGCUUGGGUCUACUUCCAUUUGGGAGAGAUGGAUAAAAGCAAAGGAUAUCUAGAAGAGGUGGAGAGGCUUCAGCGAAUGCAUCCUGCUCCACCUGGAUGCACUUUACACCCUGAAGUCAGUGGAGAGAAGGGCUGGACGCUGGUGAAGUUUAACAAGUCCAAGAAGCGCCAGGCGAUUGAUUACUUUAAGAUGGCUCUAAAUGCAGAACCAGAUAGGAAGGAAUGGUUCAAAGGACUUGCCAUAGCCAUGAGCAGGGCAUAUAUAAAGUCUGAAUUCACUCCAGAGCUGGAGGCUGAUAUUCUAGAGCAGGUGAAAACCGCAUCAGAGAUGGACCCAAAUGAUUUGUUCCUUCAAUCCCUCUAUAUACUAAAAAAGUCAGAGGUGCAGGCCAAAAACAAUGAUGAGGAGGUACAAAGUUUUCUAGAGAGAACCCUAAGUACAGGAAACUUGGUUGGUUUGGAUUAUGUUCUCGAAUACUUUAAACUAAUUUCCAUUGAUCGAGCUAUUCAAGAGGGACAAAGGGUUAGGGAAAAGUUCCCCACUUCCGCUAAAGUUUUGAAAAUCCUGGCAGAUGUAUACAAAUGUAAAGUGUUCUCCAUGAAGGAAGACAGUCAGGAAAGGAAAGCUUGUGCUCAGAAAGGCAUUAAGCUCUUUGAGGAGGUUGUCAGAGAUUACCCAGAUUGUGUAAGAGGAAGGCUUUCUCUUGCAACACUACACCGUUUCGCACACAACACUAAGAGAGCCGAUGAGAUUUACCAGCAGCUUCUAUCAGAGGAAGAUGAUCUCCCUCCUCAUACCCAACAGUUACUUUACUAUAGUUACUCGUGCCAUCUAUAUCAGCGUAGACGGUCCAGAGACCAAUCAAUCGACUAUCUCAUGAAAGCAGCAGCAAUCCAAAACAUUUCACAAGACAGACAGAAGAGCAUUAGGCUUCUUAAAAAAACUGUGGAGAAUGGCAGAAACUCUCGCUGUGAGGAGAUUUCAAAAUUUCUAAAGAUUGUUCUCAAAGAUGAGUAA